CUCCCAAUAACUAACUAUGGCCACGAUCCACCUUUUAUGUCAUCUUGCAUGCUAGUCGACUUCAAGCUAGGAUGUGGACCGUAGACUAGACACUGUAGGGCAGCAAUGCCUCACCGACAGCGAGGCCUGCGUAUAUAACCUCAAGUUCCGCCGGUUCUCAUCCUCAACUGCUCGUCAACAAGUUUCUGUUUUCGAAGAUUGUUAAGAGAAAAUGUCCUUCCACCAAUCCUGCGAAGACAUCCACAUCCGCCAGGAGGACGGGUACACCCUCCUCCUGGCCAAAGUCCGUGAUAGCCGCGGCCAGCUGAUCGAGCGGAAGAUCCGACUUGAUGAUCAUAUUGGCAAUACUGAUGGAUGGUUCAUCUGGGGCGGCACCAACUUCACCCGGACGGCGAGGAAUAUCUCCCUAGAGCAUACCGCGUAUGGGCCUAAACUGUGCGCUGAGCUUCAGAUGAGGGAUGGUGGGUGGUCGAGGGGGCUGCAGGGGAUUAUGCUUUCGGAGAAGAUUGCUAAUAAUGAUGGGCAUUUGAAGUUUUUGGGUCCUUGAUUGACAUGGGGAUGCGGAAAUGGAUUGAUAGUGUCAAUGGAAUGAGAUCGGCGCAGAAGAA